UUCUACAUAUUAAGUUAGCAGACAAAAAUUUUUUGAGUGGACACUUUGCUUCCAUUUUGGCGAUUGGAGACCCACUAAGAAAAGCAAACAAUCGAGUUCUGUUUAAUCUCUAUCUUCAUCCUUCCGUGAUAAUCUUCAUUUUCUCGGCCCACUCAGAAAUAUUUUAGUGAUAGAAUAAUAGUUGUAGUGAGGAGAGAGAUGGCAGUAUUCGUCGACAAUCGCUUCCCGCUUUCUUUCUAUUACAGAAUCGCUAACAAAAUCGUUAAGGAGGCCGAUGUUUACAGGGAGGAGGGUGAUUCGGAAGGCCUUUGCCAGGCCCUUAACCGUUACUCGAGGAUUAUUUCUGAGAUCAUUCCCCAUCACCCUGGCUACUCGGUGCACUCAAAUGAAAUGCUUCAGCACAAGAAGAUUUUACAAGAAGUUGCUAAAGAGCUUGAGAACUUGAAUUCACAAAUUGCUGGAGAAAAUGUUAGGAUUAGUAGAUGUUCCACAGGAUAUUAUAGACAGAGUGAAAGUGGCUCUCAUAACUCUAACAAUGGUCAUAAGGAUAUUUAUCACGGUAUGUUCAGAACUAAAGGAAGAACUAUCGAUCGUAGAAAACAUGUUGAGCUGAUCUGUCCCACUGCCACAGAUAUAAUGAGUAGAUAUACAACGUUUCAAGACUUUCCAUUCAAUCCACAUUUUGAUAUCAAUGUGAAUGCGGUUAAUCAUUACUUUCCCUCACCUGCUAUUUCCUAUGUGGAGGCUCCUCCUGUUAUUGGUCAUGUUUCUCAAAUAACUUUUCCUGAGCCAAACAAAUUGCAUGUGGAAGCAUGUAACGAGUCCUCAACUUCCAAGGCUACAAAAGAUGUGCAUAUAUCCGCAGGUCUGAUGGAAGAGUUUAUGGAACUUGCUAAAGUCAAUACUGAGAAGGACUUGGAGACUUGUGGAAUACUUGGUGCCUCCCUCAAGAAGCACACUUAUUAUAUAAACACCCUGGUAAUGCCUAAGCAAGAAUCAACUUCCAGUUCUUGUCAGGCAUUAAAUGAAGAGGAAAUUCAUGCUAUAUUGGAUGGGGAGUCUCUUUAUCCUGCAGGAUGGAUCCAUACUCAUCCUUCUCAAACCUGCUUCCUUUCAUCAAUAGAUUUGCAUACACAAUACUCUUACCAGGUCAUGCUACCUGAGGCUGUUGCCAUUGUAAUGGCUCCUACAGAUCCUGAAAGAAAAAGUGGAAUAUUCCGGUUAACAGUUCCAGGAGGUAUCAAUGUAGUCGGACAAUGCGAGGAGAGGGGUUUCCAUCCCCACCCAGAAACCGCAGAUGGCGGUCCAAUCUAUGAGAACUGCUCCGAUGUGUUCAUUAAUCCAAACUUGAGGUUUGAGAUCUUCGAUAUGCGCUUGCGAUCGACUUACUGAAAUACCAUUGCAGUGUUCCUGAACAGUAUGAAUACCUAUUUGUUAGCCUCACUGUAACAGUUUAUAUCUUAUAGGAACAAAGCGCACAAGCAUAGUUGAUAUGUUUGGAUAAUUCAGGUGAUGAAUUAUAUACAGCACAAAAUAAUUUUUAUUUUUAUUUUUUUAUUGUGAAUAGCUAAUAUUAUAGUAUGAUCGAUUCCUGAUAA